CUACUAGCUACUUGGGCAAAACUGUACCCUUACAGCAUAAGAAAAUGAGUUGGUUACAAAGUCCAGACGCUCGAAGCCCCAACCGGAACAAGCAGUUCGUCACUUCAGUUGGUUUUGCUCUAUCCACAGAGAUCAACAGCAUCCUCUAAAUGGGUUUUCUGAUUCCUUUUUAGGUUUCAUUUUCCCAUACCCAAAAUCAAACACAGACAUACAUACAGAACUCUACCAAUUCUAAAACCCCAAAAAAAAAAAUGAAAGCUUUCCUCUUCUCUCUCCUAAAACCCCAAACCCUGUCUAAACCCACCAAACUCCUACCUCACCAACACUACCAAUGUCGAGGCAUCAUCGCCAAGGUCCGCCUGAAAUGGGUCAAGAACCGAAGCUUAGAUCACAUCAUCGACACCGAGACCGAUCUCAAAGCCGCCAGUCUCCUCAAGGAUGCCAUCAAGCGAUCCCCAACUGGGUUCCUCACCGCCAAGUCCUUCGCCGAUUGGCAAAAGCUUCUGGGCCUCACCGUCCCCGUUCUCCGAUUCAUGCGCAGGUACCCGACUCUGUUUCUAGAAUUCCCACAUGCCCGUUAUGCCAAUCUGCCUUGCUUUAAGUUAACAGACACUGCAUUAUUGCUAGACUCACAUGAACAAACCAUACACCAAACCCAUGAGAGUGACACUGUGGAGAGGCUUAGUAGAGUUCUUAUGAUGAUGAAAACCAAGAGUUUACCUCUGCAGUCUUUGUAUCCUUUGAAAUGGGAUCUGGGUUUGCCUGAUGGGUUUGAGAAAGUAUUGGUUCCAAAGUACCCGGACUGUUUUCGAUUUGUUAAGGCCUCGGAUGGGGUUACGCGAUUGAAGGUCAUACAUUGUCCUGAUGAGUAUGCUGUUUCGGCAUUGCAGAGGAGUAAAGAGGGUGGUGAUGUGGGGGAUGAGUAUAGGCAGUUCAAGAGGGGGCAGACUGUGUUGGCUUUCCCUAUGAGUUUCCCGAGGGGUUAUGGGGCGCAGAAGAAGGUGAGGGCAUGGAUGGAGGAGUUUCAGAAGUUGCCAUACAUUUCGCCGUAUGAGGAUUCUAGGCAUAUUGAUCCCAAUAGUGAUCUUAUGGAGAAAAGGGUUGUUGGAGUUUUGCAUGAGUUAUUGAGCUUGACCAUUCAUAAGAAGACCAAGAGGAACUACUUGAGGAUCAUUAGGGAGGAGUUGAAUCUUCCACAUAAGUUUACGAGAAUCUUCACAAGGUAUCCGGGGAUUUUCUACCUUUCAUUGAAGUGUAAAACAACCACGGUAGCGCUCAGGGAAGGUUACCAACGAGGGAAGCUAGUGCACCCGCAUCCCCUUGCACGUUUGAGAGAGAAGUUUUAUCAUGUAAUGAGAACAGGGCUUAUUUAUCGUGGUAAAGGUGUGAAUAUGCUGUCUCAGCAAGAUAUGUUGCUUGACAAUGUGGAGAGUGAAAGUGGUCAAGACGACUCUGAGGAGGAACAGGUUGGAACAGGUGAUGAAUGCGAUGAGGAGGAAGUAUCAGACUUUGAAAUGGAAGGAUCUGAUGAAGAUUGAGUUUGAUUGACUGAACAGUUUGCUUACAUCAAGUAGCAAUUGUCAUUCCCUUUCAAGUAAGAUUCUCUGGGCAAAGGUUGACUUAACAGUUUUCUUAUUUGUGUAGUGAACAUCAUUUGUGAUUUUCUUAGCUAUGCGCUGAAAAGGCAUGUUUUAUGGUCUCAUGUCAGCCAAAUAGAAAUCUACUGAGAUUGUUUCGAUUUUCUUGUACAAAUGUGAUAAUGAUUCUGAGGUUUACCUUCAAGGGUAACCACUGUUCUGUGAGGCUACAGGAUCAUACAUAUAUUGGUCUUUUAAUAGUAAAAUUGAAGAAUCCAUCAUAGUGCUUUCUGUUUCUUUACAUUGUUCAAAUAUAUAUACCAUUUAGAGAAGUGAAAAGAUUUCCCGUUGCAAAUUAUUUUAUAAUCUAACCCGAACUACAUUAUACUUAUAUCUAUGUGAAUAGUUGUGCAAUCAUAUGCCCCUGUAUUACAUCCGGAGAUUUAUGAAGUAGGGGAACUACUAGGUUUUAAGAACCAUAACAGAGUAAAUGAAACUGCAUAUAUAGAUGUUUGACUACUCUUGGAUGGCAUUCGGAAAUCCUUAAAACGUUUUUCCCUAGGGUUAGAACUUUCUGUGUUUCUGGGAAGAUAAAUAAAUUAUUUUACCAACCGAUUCAAACUUUUAUGAUAUAGUUUCUCUCAUCUAUUUCUCUUUCUAAUUCGAAUUAUAAGAUCUUUUGAAUCUAUUAUGCUUUCUUUGUCACAUAUUUGUGCAUGUGUGGUCUCUUAUCAUGUUUUAGUGCCAGUUUCAAAAGUGUUUUCACUGCAGGGAAGAAGCUUAUAGCUAUUGUCUUGCUCCUACAUCAGUUUUGUUCGAUAAUGCAAAUUGACCUGGUUCAUAUCUGUGCGCAAAGAGUAAUAUUUAGAACUUGCUAUGUAUUGUGGUGUCAAGGCUUUUUUUGUUAUGGAUCCUUGUGCAUAUUCUGCAUUGAAAUUCCUAUUGAAUCAAACUCUGCACCAUGUAGAUUUCUUGGAUGUUAUUUAAAACCAGGUUUAGUUGGUUCGACUUGGAUCCGUAAUAGGUGUCACUAUAAACUCUUAGGUUCAUUUAGCUCAUUAUUUGAACUCAGUUCUCUGUUGUCUAAUUAGGCUUACAGUGUCUUAACGUUCUCCCACUUAUGUCUAUGGAUGUGCAUGAUUGAUAUAGAUCUUAGAGAGAUUGACCCUGUUAUUUUUCUCUGAGAUUAAUAAGAGCAUUUCUUCCAGAUAUAAAAGAAGAAACCUCUACCCUUUACCCUUUUUUUUUUUUUUGGUCUGAUUUUUUCUCUUUGCCAUUGGCCAUUUGGCUUGCUUGAUUCUCAUUGUUUCCUUGCAGCUUUUAGCUUUUUGUGUGUGUUGUGGCCAUUUGUUUUAGUGAGAAAAGGACCUCUAAUCUUCCAAAUGAAUCAACUAAAAUGGAUGAUUCUUCCCUUCAUGGAUGGUACAUCUCUAACAGUUAUGUGAUCUUGAAACCAAGUUUGAACCGAUAAUUUCUAUUCAGCCUGGUAAAAACCAGCUUUUCCGGUGGAACCAAGAGGACCAAGUAGCAUUUCAAGCCAACUUGAAAAUGAACACCAGGGGUGUAAG